CACCUCUCCAAGGGACUGCAGGUCAGCACGAGGGGUGGGGCUCGACUGAGCAUGCGCAGUAGGUGGUGGUGGGAAACUAAGCAUGUGUGGACGUUGUGCCUGUGCUUUAGAUCCGCAAGAUAUUCGUCGCGCUUGUUCCUACAACUGUUCAAAGGCUGCAGCAGAGAGCCAAAGCGCCUCUUCGACUGUAGUGGAACCAGUUUGGAUCACAGCUAAUAAAGGACAGGAGUAUUAUCCAUCAUAUAACGUAGCCCCUCAAAGCAACACUCCAGUUCUGAUAUCUGAUCAGCAUCAUCAUGUACAGAGGCUGUUGUCUGACUACGAAGAAAAGACGGAGAGAGUUAUACAGGUAAUGAAGUGGGGUCUUGUCCCACAAUGGCAUCGCGGAUCAGACUGCAAGUCCUUCCCUACUUUAUUGAACAACUGUAGAUUUGAUGGUAUGUUUGACAAGCCUUCUUUCAGACCAGCCAUUAGUAGGAGACAGAGAUGUGUGGUUCUUUGUCAGGGUUUCUACGAGUGGAAAAGAGAUAAGAAGAAGAAAGAGAAGCAGCCAUAUUUUGUUUAUUUUAAAGACGGAGCUCUUAGUCUUGACAAGAAGUCAGAAGCUACUGCCCUCUCCCCACCUGCUCCUCCCCCCAGCAGCAGAUUAUUAACAUUAGCUGGUCUAUAUGAUGUAUGGACUCCUGACUCAUUCUCUUCAGAGGAUACUCUUUCUUCAUUGUACACAUACACUGUUAUUACUGUGGAUGCUACGCCCUCUUUUAACGAUAUUCACGAUCGUCUACCAGCUGUUCUGGAAGAUGACACUGCCAUUUCUAUGUGGCUAGAUACAUCUAUUCCUACAUCUCAAGCCGUUAGGUGCUUCAAUCCAAGAGGCAGUGAUAGUCUGAGUUGGCAUCCAGUGUCCAGCUAUGUGAAUAAUGUUAGGAAUAAAUCAUCAGAAUGUGUCGUAAAGAUUAAUGAAGAACUCAAAAAGAAAGGAACGCUUCACAAUUGGUUCAAGAGUGCCUCUUCAAGCAGUGUCAGUUGCAGUGUCACACCUGCAGGUGAUUCCCCGCCGCUGCCAAAGAGAUCAAAGAAAGAAUGCUAAUAACAGUUGUCUUUUGUAUUCAUUGAUUAUUCAUUAUCGUCAUUAUUUAUUCAUUACAUGUUAAUUGCAGUAACAUUUUCUGCAUUCCUUAAAAUAGAAAUCGUUUGUAUUUACGG